UGGCUGAAGCAGACAUCUGAUAUCUAAACAGACAUAUUAUUUUGUAAAAUGACACGGCUUGGUGUCGGGCUGCGUGCCUCGGAGACAGCCCUGCUGCGGUAAAACCCGGUUGGAUGUCUGGUGACGUAUCCGCCGCUCCUCCGUCCGCUCUGGAGGUUGUCAGCUUCAUCGGCAAAACCGUUGGCGCAGGCGCGGCACUGACAGCUGCUGUCUACUUACUCCGCAAAGUCUGUUUAAUAAUGGCCUGGAAAUCUGGAGGAACCAGCCACGCAGAGCUUGUCAACAACCUCCGCAAAAAUGGAAUUAUUAAAAAUGACAAGGUCUACGAAGUCAUGUUGGCCACAGACCGAUCCCACUUUUCUAGGUGUAAUCCGUACAUGGACUCACCACAGUCAAUAGGCUAUCAAGCAACCAUCAGCGCCCCACACAUGCACGCCUAUGCCCUGGAGCUUCUACAUGACCAACUUUAUGAAGGAGCCAAAGCCCUGGACGUGGGCUCCGGCAGCGGUAUACUGUCUGUUUGCUUCGCACGAAUGGUAGGUCCUAAAGGGAAAGUUAUAGGAAUUGAUCACAUCAAAGAGCUGGUAGAUGAUUCUAUAAACAAUGUGAAGAAAGAUGACCCCAGUUUGAUAGCAUCGGGAAGAAUCAAGCUAAUAGUGGGAGAUGGCAGGUUGGGCUACACAGAUGAGGCACCGUAUGAUGCCAUCCAUGUUGGAGCAGCAGCACCCACUGUCCCUCAAGCUCUUCUGGACCAGUUGAAGCCCGGUGGCCGGCUGAUCCUGCCUGUCGGCCCGGCGGGAGGGAACCAAAUGCUGGAGCAGUACGACAAGAUGGAGGACGGCAGCACCAAAAUGAAGCCCUUGAUGGGGGUGAUUUAUGUGCCUUUAACAGACAAAGAGAAGCAGUGGUCCAGGGACGAACUCUGAAGAGGAUAACAGUCCAUAAUUCACCUUUACGUUUGGAACCUGGGGAAAACUCGGAUGGGGUCAAACAACCCUCGGCAUUUUGUUCAAAGCAUAACAAAACAUGGUCUUUUUGUUUAACGACGGACUCGAGUACCACAUUGAUGACUGGCCGUAAAAAGGGCCAGGGUAAAAAAGACUGCUUAAAGCUCAGCACAGAAAUACAGAAGAGGGCUUUUGUUUUUCAUUUCUGGCCUGCAUCUUUUGGUUGUGUGUUCUUUUUAACUGCUGGAUUUUAUUAUGGAUUUUUUUUUUUUUUUUGCAGUUUCAUCAGUUGAAUUGCAAACAGCAGCCGUUUUUACAGUAUUACAUUUCAGCAGCAUUAGAGCUGAAUGUAGGAGGAACGCCGGACAAUGACGAGGGAAGCCUUAGCCUUUUAGAUAAUUCACCUAGCUAGUGUGUGUGAGUGUGGAUCAUCUAAUUGUAGACUUCUCUGCUAACAUAUGAGCUUUUUUCCCUGCCAGCAGUAUUAGUAACACACAGACACAAAGGCUGAUAUAAACCACACAUCCUAUUUGAUGUGCUGCACUCUUAGGUCUUUCUACACGUAGGUUAAACAUUGGAUCAUACAGGCGAAGCACUAGUAACACAGACACGUGCACGUACAGGGCAGUGCUUUCCACUUGGUGAUGUGUUGCUUCUGUCGCUGGUUUUCCAUUAACAAUUUGUGCAGGCUCUACCGGUGACUGAUGCUAAAUGAGUCACUGCUUUGCCAAAAUAAACUCCAACAAUAUAAAGCUAAUGAAUGUCUGUUUCCUUCAAAAGAAAAAAAAAAGCAUAAAUUCUAAAAGCACAUUUUAUUUUGGUUGAUAUGUGAUGAAUGGCAUCUGGCUUUCACAGUCUUAUGGAAUGGCUUAUGAAAAUAAAGAGAUAAUUAAGUUUU